UGGGCGUGCUCGUCCUCAGUCGGGAACGGCGCCGUCCUCGUCCUGUAGUCCUCCAUGUUUUUGAGCGUCGAGAGCAGCGGGGAAACAGGAUUGACUCUCCCUUCUUCUGAACCACAACUCCGCCAUGCAUUUCAGGAGCGUUUAACCCACUUUCUGAGAUGACUUCGUUUAACGAAUUGUUGUUUUUGUUUCUUUUUUGAGGAUGACUAUGAAGAUAGCGCCGGCUGUUUAUUUGGCCGUUGAUUUGGGCUAACUCGCCGUGAAAACACUGCGCUGAGCCGCCUGGACGUUUAGCUUUAGCUGCUGCUUUUAGAGCCUAACAGGAUUGCAGCUAACCGGCUAGGCUAGCUAAUACGGCAGGUCAACAAACCAGAUUGUGCCCGGGCUAAGCUAACUUUAGCACAAUGGGUGUUUCUGGGGAAACAAACACUUUUUCGUGAGUGGGUCCUUCACUGAGGUUUUAAUAGCCUGAGCUUCAAACCACGAUUUUAUACCUAGUUAUCGUGGCUUUGUUCCAAAAGUGCUAAAAAUGAACUAGCUGGCUAGCUGAAGAGCUACAGCGGAAUGGCCGUUGCUAAGCUUGCUUAUCUCUCUUAACUCGGCUCUUUAGUCAGUCAGCAGGCCUUCUGCUUGCUAAAAACUGCUGCUUACAAGUUUGGGCCACAUUUGCGGGAUAAGUUACAUUUAUUGAGCUAGAGAGUGUGUUAGUACUGUAAGAAAAGCUCAUGUAAAGUUUAUCUCAAGUCUGCCGCUUGUUUAUAACUUGUGGGCUUGGUUAGACGUUCAGAAGCUGUAAAGAAGUGGGCUUGGUUAGACGUUCAGAAGCUGUAAAGAAGUGGGCUUGGUUAGACGUUCAGAAGCUGUAAAGAAGUGGGCUUGGUUAGACGUUCAGAAGCUGUAAAGAAGUGAGCUUGGUCAGACGUUCAGAAGCUGUGAAGAAGUGAGCUUGGUCAGACGUUCAGAAGCUGUAAAGAAGUGAGCUUGGUCAGACGUUCAGAAGCUGUGAAGAAGUGAGCUUGGUUAGACGUUCAGAAGCUGUAAAGAAGUGAGCUUGGUUAGACGUUCAGAAGCUGUAAAGAAGUGAGCUUGGUCAGACGUUCAGAAGCUGUAAAGAAGUGGGCUUGGUCAGACGUUCAGAAGCUGUAAAGAAGUGGGCUUGGUCAGACGUUCAGAAGCUGUAAAGAAGUGGGCUUGGUCAGACGUUCAGAAGCUGUAAAGAAGUGGGCUUGGUCAGACGUUCAGAAGCUGUAAAGAAGUGGGCUUGGUCAGACGUUCAGAAGCUGUAAAGAAGUGGGCUUGGUCAGACGUUCAGAAGCUGUAAAGAAGUGGGCUUGGUUAGACGUUCAGAAGCUGUAAAGAAGUGGGCUUGGUCAGACGUUCAGAAGCUGUAAAGAAGUGGGCUUGGUUAGACGUUCAGAAGCUGUAAAGAAGUGGGCUUGGUCAGACGUUCAGAAGCUGUAAAGAAGUGGGCUUGGUUAGACGUUCAGAAGCUGUAAAGAAGUGGGCUUGGUUAGACGUUCAGAAGCUGUAAAGAAGUGGGCUUGGUUAGACGUUCAGAAGCUGUAAAGAAGUGGGCUUGGUUAGACGUUCAGAAGCUGUAAAGAAGUGGGCUUGGUUAGACGUUCAGAAGCUGUAAAGAAGUGAGCUUGGUUAGACGUUCAGAAGCUGUAAAGAAGUGGGCUUGGUUAGACGUUCAGAAGCUGUAAAGAAGUGGGCUUGGUUAGACGUUCAGAAGCUGUAAAGAAGUGAGCUUGGUUAGACGUUCAGAAGCUGUAAAGAAGUGGGCUUGGUUAGACGUUCAGAAGCUGUAAAGAAGUGGGCUUGGUUAGACGUUCAGAAGCUGUAAAGAAGUGGGCUUGGUUAGACGUUCAGAAGCUGUAAAGAAGUGAGCUUGGUUAGACGUUCAGAAGCUGUAAAGAAGUGAGCUUGGUUAGACGUUCAGAAGCUGUAAAGAAGUGAGCUUGGUUAGACGUUCAGAAGCUGUAAAGAAGGUGCUUCUGUGUCUAUGACUUAUUACUGAGAUGAGGAAAAAAGCUAACAUCCAUCUCUCUCUUUCUCUUUCCCUUCAGACGGAGGCCGUCCCAGCAUGUCAGAGACUGUGAAAUAUGUGGAUGAUGAUCACAAAACCAUUUUCUUGAAGAUUUUGAAUGAGCAGAGGCUGGAGGGUGAACACUGCGACAUUGCAGUAGUUGUUGAGGAUGUCAAGUUCAGGGCACACCGAUGCGUGUUAGCAGCUUGCAGCAACUACUUCAAAAAGCUUUUUAAGAAACACGAGGUGGACAGCUCCUCUGUGAUAGAGAUUGACUUCAUCCGCUCAGACAUCUUCGAAGAGAUCCUUGGAAUCCGGUUUUUGGAUAAGCUGUGCUCUCAGAAACGGGAUAUGUCUUCCGAAGAGAAAAAUGAACUUAGGAAUUCCAAAUUCCCUUAUGACAUUGUUAAAAACGGGCUUCAAAAUGAAGACGCUCAGUUAAACCAAGACAGUGAUGUGCACGUGCUUGGGGACCAAGACGACCCGCCUUCUGACGACAUUGUUGAUGAAGCUCAAGGCAAUCACGAUCUGGACAAAUCACCCAGCAGUGCGCUUCGAGUAGAGGAGGCGAUUCUAAAGGAGCUAGCACAGGAGGAGGUAAACAAGGUUGGCUGCUAUGAUCAAGACGUGGAAGCGAUGGACACUGAGCCCAAGGAGCUGGCCGCUCACACCCAAACCCUGUCUUUUGCUGACAGCAUGGGGGAGGUUAAGGACGAGCAAGCCCCUGGAUGGACCACAGCUACUGCAGAAAUGAAGCUGGAAUAUCUCCUGUAUGGCCAUCGGGAUCACUUUGCUUGUCACAUUUGUGGCAAGAGCUUUCUCGACGAGAGCCGGCUGAGGAAACAUGAAAAGCUACAUUCUGCUGAGAGGCCAUUUAUAUGUGAGAUAUGCCCCAAAGCAUUCACCACCCAGGCCCACUUGAAAGAGCAUCUGAAAAUUCACACUGGCUUCAAGCCCUACCGAUGUGAUGACUGCGGCAAGUCUUUCAUCCGAGCUCCAGAUCUGAAGAAACACGAGAGAGUGCACAGCAACGAGCGACCCUUUGGUUGCCAGAUGUGCGAAAAGGCCUUUAAACACAAGUCCCACCUGAAGGACCAUGAACGCAGACACCGGGGUGAAAAGCCCUUCGUAUGUGGUGCCUGUCCCAAGGCCUUUGCCAAAGCCUCUGAUCUAAAGAGACACGAGAACAACAUGCAUAGUGAGCGAAAGCAGCUGUGUGCCAACAGCUUACAAAGUGAGACUGAACAGCUACAAGCAGCGGCUAUGGCUGCAGAGGCUGAGCAACAACUGGAAUCCAUAGCAUGCUCGUAACGUACUGUUUUGUGUGAUGUACUCACACCAAUGCACUGUAAAACAAUCUUUUCUUACUCCUUUUGUUUUGUUAAGCAGACUCAGUCUUGUUUUGGUUGGUCUUGUUAUAAGUUCCUUUUUUGAACUGUUGGAAUUUCAGAUCUUGGUAGUAUGUGUAGAUUUUCAUGAUUUUAGACACUCGACUUGAUUUACACUGUUGAAUGUUUUUGUUUUCUCUACAAUGAAAAUGGUGCAAGAUUUUCUCACUGUACAGUUCGUACCAAAUGUAUUUGAAUAUUUGUGGCAGUCUGAUGGACAAAUGGACACUGAUUUGCACUGCCUUACUCUUCUUGAUAUAGUAAUGAUGCAUUUCAGCAGCACCAGUUUUGCUAAAAAGACUGUAGAGGAGGGAGAAACUGAACAAAUGCAUCUUUGAUGGUCAGUCAUUCCAUCAAUUAUGUUGCAAGAGAAAAAGAAGAUUUAGCAUAUAAUAUUUUUGCUGUAAUAAAAUGCAUUUCCUGUGGGGAGAGCUUCUGUG